CGCGACACGCUAUGUACGCGGCCAUUCUUCGCGCCAAGAUUUCCGUCGGCAUGGGCAAACCCUGAAAAACAUCAAGUUAGCACUGAAUUUUGAUUCGAUCAAGUCGGUGCCUGAAAUGUCAAAAACUUCAAAAUGACCAGCCUCAUUGAACCCGCCGCCGUUCCCGGCAUAACGGAAACUUCCUCGGCGGAAUCGAUCGUACGCCUGGUGCAGCUUCACCGACAAGCCCUGCGCGGCGCAUCCCGAAAGUUUCUUCGCGACAACGACGAGUUCAGUGUGAAACUGCAGCAACAAAACACCGAAUCGAUUGCGAGCGAUUCCUCCGGCAGUCGCAUCUCGUUUGUUCCGAACCGAAUCUACACCAUCGACGAGGUCACCGAGGACUCGGCCCUUUCCGUCGGCGCGGAGGGAGUGAAACUAAGCGUGGAGAUGCGCGAAAGGAUAGAUCGGCUGAAGCAGCGUUCCGCCGCGGCACGGAACGCCAAACGGCCGGAGAGUCGGCGGGGAUCGGGUUCGAGACCUCUUUCUUCAGAAAUCACUGACCGAAUCAUCUUUCACGAGAACAUUGUUCAAAAGUUCGAGAUGAUUGACCGUUUUCUGAAAGAUCAAACCGAAGCAAAGCAGGACGCAAGCAGCGGGGUGGAAAGUGCUUCCUCGACAACACGCAGAUACGCGCGAUCGCGGUCAACGCCGGAAAAGAACCGCGUAAUCCGUAGUCUGUGUUGUAGUUGCAUUUCUGGCCAAUAAACUUACCAAAAUGUCCUCCUUGAGCGGGGAGUUAAUGGG